AUGUCGGAGCCACCCUUCCUUCAAGGCCCCAUGAGCGCUGAAAUGGAGGCGCAGAGGGCGGAGCAAGCAACGGAGUUUUGCAUGCGACAACUAAGGAACUCAGAGGAGUUUAAGAACUGGAUGGUGCAGCAGAUGGCGAAGCAGCAACGGAGCGCGCGUUUCUCAGGCGCCCGAAGGAUUGGUCUGUAUAUUCUGGGACUCGUCUGUGCUGGGCUCCUGGUGUACGGUUCCCUCCAGUACUACGCAACUGUGCGUGACCCUAUUGGCGACGCGGCUGCAGUGAUGGUUGCCGACACUCUUCAGGACGCCAUAGGAGCAACGGUGGACACGGUUUCGGUUUGUAGCCUGGAGCCACUUCCGUCGUCCGAGCCUGCAAUAGGUAACGAUGAAGCCAGCUUGGAACCAAACCCCCCACAAGAGCGCCAACCACCGGCGAUGGCGGCUCAGUUGGCGGCCAACGAGGCACUGUUUCUAGCGAGCGUGUCUCUGGCGCUGAACGUGGUGUCGUGCCUAGACUUCGGCAAUGCCUUUACCGACAACGUUGGCACAGCGGUGCAUGACGAAAUUCCCUUGCCUGGCACGCUGGAAGCUCUGGUUGUGAAUGCCAUUGACUCAGCAUCCGAAGAGCAUGCCGGUGACGGUUGCGUCCCCACGGAGACAGUCCCUGGCGUUCAGCGGCCACAAGUUGGAACUGCAGGACCUGCCACGUCGGACGUCGCUGUACUGGAGCAAACUGCAGUGGAAGUAGCCGAUGCUGAUGACACCAUUAUCACGAACGCUCAAUCAGGCAGUAGGAGCGCUUGCAGCUGGGGCAGCAGCCAAGCAAGCGUGGGGGGUCAAAGUUAUGUUCCCUUGGGAGCAUGCUACCCUGUGGUGGAAUCCAGACAUGCAAAUGGUGCCCGUAUCACGCACGUAGAAGGUUCAACUCCUUGGCCGGCGUUGCGCCUGCUCAAGGGCAACGCUGCCUCGUCUUCUGCGUCACAUGCCAGCGACGGUGAUACAACGAUCUUCGACCUUAACCGCUUUGACGAUAAUGGCGAAGAGGUGGUGUCCAUCCCUUUAGUGGUAAAGGGGACAGUGGCCCAGCCUGAAAAGGAAGUCUGUAACAGAGUCCCACGCCGACACGUGAAGCUGCGGUUUCCAUCGCGAAAGCCAGCCCCGAGCAAUGGCAACAUGAAGCCGCCUCACAUGGAUGUACUCUAUCCGGGCAUGUCGGUCCCUCGUGGCAACAACAGUUCAGAAGCCAGCAGGCUACAAGUGCAGGCCGGGGACACACAGAAAGGGAGCGAGGAGGCAACCCCGACCUGGCCGCCCGUGGCUUCCAAAGCCCCUGCAUCAGCCUUCGGUCUGGAGGACAUGGACGAUGCUCUGAUCUCGUCUGAGGCAGAAAGUGUGGUCAGGAGCCUCCUGCGUGAUGACCCUGCCGUAUGUCAACCGUCAGCCACUUCCGGCAAGUAUAGCGAGCCCUCAUACUCGCCAACAACUGCUGAAGAGACGCUUCUCGACUUGGACUUGGCACCACAUUCUUACACGGCAUCGACCGGCGCCUGCAAAGCGCUAGCGUACAACACGGCAGUCACACCCGUGUCUGUUAUGCCCAACAAUGGCUCGAACCCUUCCAUUGGCACCUGCGUAACUGGCGGCCAUGAUGUUAGUGAGGGGGGAAGCUGGGCAAGCAUAGGCAGCCGCAUUGCUUCGGAUCGCCCCGUGCCUGACAGUGAAGAUGGCGCUUCAUCGCAGCUAGCCAAUGGCUUUCCAUCACCAGCGCUGCUCGUGCCGGUCCAAAUGACGUCGCCCCUGCACACCUCCGGCAGUGGCGCGGCUGCAGCCGCCAGUGCUGACGGGGACGUAUGGGCUAAUGGUCAACUUCCCUUGCCCGAAGACAUCGACUCCUAUGUAGCCUCUUUGCACGCUGAAGGCGCAUCGUCGUCGGCGUGUGUUCUGACUAGCUUUCAAUCAAGCCUUUCGUUUGCUGGCCUGCUGAUCAACUCUGUCAGCCGCCAGCUGUACCUAGCUCAGCAAGAAACAGCAAUGUGGCAAGCCAGGGUGGAGGCCCUCGAGGCUGCCCGCAUGCAUACCACUGACCAAGACUUCCAUGUCGAUGCAGCUGUGGACAAUAACUGCGAACUAACGUGGGUGUGCGUGGGACUGGACUCCGAGUCGGUGACAGGCAGCAUUACGGAUGAGGGCUCUGCCCAGAGCGAGGGAUGCUCGGCAGCUGAGGCGUUGCUGAAGCAUGCCGUUAUCCCUUGCUCAGCGAGCUGCCCUUUAGACAGCGAUUACACGCCCAACGUGGAAAUCAACUCCGACGUCAAGGCGGUCGUCGAGGAACUGUUGGACUUAGUGGAGGAUGUCGAUCGCCAGACGUCCACUGUGCGUCACGGUCUCGAACGUGGCCAUAUCUUGCGUAAGGAGCAACUUUAG